AUUGAAAUGAAAAUUUAUAUAAACACUAAAGUGGCCAAAAUAAAUACACCAUAACCACAAAAUUAACAAACCAUAACAAAGAAAAAAUUACAAAACACAGCUGGUCCGUAUCUUUUAAUUCAAUUUUAUCAAGAUUGUGGUUUAACCAAGAACACAAAUUCUCUAUCCAAGCAAAGUUUAUGAAUGCAAUCAAAUAGAAAAUUUGUGUUUAAGAAUGGUUCAGAUAAUGCUCGUAUUAACUACCUUGAAGUGAUUAUUCCUGAGGUAAACAUACCUCAUCAUGAAAUGUUUACCUGGCCUUCAGCACCUUUUCUUGCACAGUACUUGUUUAAUAAUCAAUCAAUGUUAGAAAACAAGACAGUGCUCGAGCUUGGGUGUGGAACUGCUCUUGUUGGUAUUGUUGCUGCUAAACUUUGUUCACAUGUUUUUUUAUCAGAUAAUGGUCUGUAUGAAAGUUCUUUUCUUUGUUGCCGAAAAAGUUGUUCAUAUAAUAAUGUAGCUAAUGUGACAGUAGUUCCUAUAACUUGGGGUCGAUUUUCACUUGAGCUUUUAAAAUUAGCUUCUGUUGAUAUUAUACUUGGAUCAGAUUCUUUUUAUAAUAAAAACGAUUUUGAAGAUAUUUUAUAUACAGUAUCAUACUUUUUAAAUAAAAAUCCAAAUGCAGUAUUUUGGACCAGUUAUCAAUUAAGAAGUUGUGAUUAUUCAAUAGAAUUUUUACUAUCAAAGUGGAGUUUGUAUGGAAGACUUCUUAAUGUGAAUGAAUUGAAUGAGAAUUCUGAUUACAUGGGUGGUUUAAGUAUAAAUCAUGAGUUAUAUAUUUAUGAAAUACGUGCAAAAUGUUUUUCAAAAUAAUAUUUUUACAUUUGUUUUAGUUUAUAGUUUGUUAUAGUGGAUUACUUAUUUUAAAACAUUGU